GUAAGCUGUCGAGGACGCUUUUUUUUUUUAAAUCAUGGGGAUAAUAGAUUUUCUCCUUCAGUCUUGCAGCUCGAUCUCCUUGUUUGGGGCUUUGGUGGUCCUGCUGCUCGUAUUUAUCGUCUCAUCCUCCAGUUUUAGUUCCAAGAAUGAAGGAAAGGAACCUCCAGGUCCAAAACCACUUCCCAUCAUCGGAAACCUGCUGCAGAUUGACCUUAAAAGACCCCACCACACAUUUCUGGAGCUUUCCAAAACAUAUGGAUCAGUGUUCACAGUAUAUUUGGGAUCCAAAAAAGUGGUGGUCCUGGCUGGAUAUAAAACAGUGAAGGAGGCCCUUGUCAACUACGCUGAAGAGUUUGGAGACAGAGAUCAAAUGCAAAUCACAAAGGAAACUGGUAACAGCCAUGGCGUUGUAUUUUCCAACGGUGAAUCAUGGAAAGAGAUGAGGCGCUUUGCCUUGACUAACCUCAAAGACUUUGGGAUGGGUAAGAGGGCUUGUGAGGACAAAAUCAUUGAGGAAUGCACCUACCUCAUUGAAGUGUUUAAUAAAUGCAAAGGAAAAGCUUUUGAUACAGCCCAACCAAUGAACUGUGCAGUCUCUAAUAUUAUCUGCUCCAUUGUUUAUGGCAGCAGAUUUGAAUAUGAUGAUCCUGAGUUUACUUCAUUGGUAGAAAGAACAAACAGGAAUAUUCAACUCCUGGGCUCCCCGUCGAUACAGGUAUAUAACAUGUUCCCAUGGAUUGGUAAAUGGAUUGCUAACAGAAAGGAACUCCACACGAUGGUUGCUGCAAACAAGGAACAGAAUCGACGGCUGUUUGCACGUUUGAAAGAGACCUUGAAUCCACAGAUGUGCAGAGGCUUUGUGGACUCAUUUCUGCUCCGAAAGCAAAAUCUGGAGGUUGGAAAGAAUUUUAUCACUAACCCUAACAAAAAACACUGGUUGAUCAACGCGUUACUGCUUUGUUUGUCUACACUCUCCAUAGGCCACAAGUAG